AUGGGUUGCAUGAACUCGAAAGAUAUCACUCCGGAGAUGAGAGAGCAAGGGAAGCACAGCGCCGCCAUAGACAAGGUCAUCCGGGCAGACAAGAAGAAAUAUGAUAGAACAGUCAAGAUACUGCUACUCGGUGCUGGUGAAUCUGGCAAGUCCACAAUCAUCAAGCAGAUGCGCAUCAUCCACUCAGGUGGAUUUCCGAUAGACGAACGCCGGCAGACCAGAGCGGUCAUCUAUUCGAACAUGAUAGUCGCCUUCAAGCUGCUUAUCGAGAUCAUGGAGGCGGAGAACAUAAGUUUCGAGCAUGAGGCUACGGAGCCACUCGCCCAUUUCAUCCAAACCAGCGAAGCGGACGUCGAGUGUGAUGAGGCCUUCACCGACAUCAAAGUGCGGGAAGCUGUCAAGUCGAUGUGGGAAGACGCCGGUGUCCAAAAGGCAGUCGCCAGAGGCCAUGAAUUCGCCCUACAUGAUAAUCUCCACUACUAUUUCCAUUCACUAGACCGUAUAUUCGCACCUGGCUGGCUCCCCAAUAAUCAGGAUAUGCUUCACUCACGACUACGGACGACGGGUAUCACCGAGUCACUUUUCGAGCUAGGACAGAUAAAUUUCCGGAUGAUGGAUGUCGGAGGCCAACGAUCAGAGCGGAAGAAAUGGAUCCACUGCUUCGAGGGCGUACAGUGUCUCUUAUUCAUGGUGGCCCUCUCCGGCUACGACCAGUGCCUUGUAGAGGAUCAGACUGCAAACCAAAUGCACGAAGCAAUGAUGCUUUUUGAAUCUCUCGUAAACGGUGAAUGGUUCAAACGCAAACCCGUCAUCCUAUUCCUCAAUAAGAUCGACCUCUUCAAGGAGAAGCUAGCCAUCUCCCCUGUGUCCAAGCACUUCCCCGACUACAGCGGACGAGACGGCGACUUUGAGGCCGCUGCCAAAUACUUUGCUGAUCGAUUCAGAGGCAUCACCCGCGUGCCUGAACGCGAGAUAUACACCCACUACACCAACGCAACAGACACCACCCUGCUAAAGGCGACCAUGGACUCAGUGCAGGAUAUGAUCAUACAGAAAAACUUGAACAACCUGAUAUUAUGAGGGUUAAACUGACGACAACUGACAUGGAUGAUAUACUUGGCUACAACCUCCC